GAUCUGUGCUCGCUCUUGCAAAGUUAAAAACAGACUUUGUUUAUCUUACUGGCUGUUUGCUUGAAAUGCUCUCGGACUAGUUAACCUACCUAUCUCAAUUCCCCCCCUUUCCUCAGCUCUUUAACUUCACUCUCCUCAGCCACACACGCUGAGUGGAGUUUAAUAACCUUUCAUUUUCACUGCCUCUCUGUAGCAUUUUCUUCUCGUUUUGCUCUUCAUCUGGAUCUUUAUUAUUUUGGGUUGCAUUAGCUGAUUCCGUGCAGCGCGAUAAAACUAAAAGGCUCAGGAGUUCGGAUUUUUCCUCCCUCUUCUCUAUCUUCAGAGUUUAUUACUCUACAUUCUUGCCCUGCAGACCGUUUUCCUGUCAUUUUGAAGGGUUUUGUUACAGCUCGAGAGGAGGAGGGGAGCAGCAGCGUCAAGAUUUACAAAUCUCGCAUUUGGUGAGCGCCAUGGCCACCGAAGUGGAUGCUUGGUCCUCCGCUCCUAAAGCCGACGGUGAGUGAUCAAAUCGGCCGUGAUUCAUGCAACAUAUGUAGAUGCAAACCCCACGGAGCAACCGCGGGGCCUGUUGGCGUCUUCUCUUCUUGAAUCCAUUGUCCCUGCAUGGGGUGGGCUGCAGCCACGCUCCACCAUGUGCUUAAACCCUCACACACACAUAUAGAGGUCUGUUAGGACAAUCACUGCACACAAGGACGCAACGUUGCAUCAUAUUUGCAGAAAAGCACACCAAACCCCAUUAAGAUUUUGAGUAUUUUUAGUGUGAUUCACUCGGUGUUUGUUUUUCACUCCGCUUACAUUUAACCCUUUCACUUGUCUGAUUGGAGGAGAACACAGUGCUCACUUCCGCUUUUGUCAAGUCGUUGUUUGCACACAUUGAAGCAGCAGUUAAAGGCGUUUUUGUCACCAGAGGACCCCUUCUUAGCCCCCUUAAAUAUGCAUUUUCUUCUCAUCUUGAGCGGCAGGGUUUUGCUGUGGUUCCCUAAUCACUUUGACAACCAAGUCGUUUGUCACAACAAUAAGGUUCGGGUUUGGUUUCUGUCAUUUCGCUGUUUAUUAUGCACACUCUGGAUUGUAGAGGGUCUCACUGUACUCCAUCCAUGCACGCGUGUUUUGCGUGUUUUCCUCGUCCGUGGUCCCUGCAGUGUUUGUAACCAUUGCGCAGUGGUGCCCCUGUUUGAUACUGGGCUCGUGGCACAUUGAGUUCCGUGCCUUACUCGCUCAGCCAGGCGAUGACGUCGACAUGUAUAGCUGAAUAUAAGAGCCAACAGGAGCGCCUUACAUAACCUGUACACUAUCCGUGUAUUUCAGGUUACAUAAGGAGUAUAAAUGCAUCGACGUCGCUGGGACCAGUUGUAGAUUUCGCAUGCUUUAAGUGUGUUUACAUGUUAACGCGCAGGGGAAUCGGUGCAAGGGAGACACCACGUGGUGUAUGAUAGGGGAGAGUGGGGUAAGAUGAGCCAUUUUUCAUAUUUGGGAUCACUACAUCAAGGCAAUCAUAGUUUUGUCUCUAACUAGUGUAUCUGCAUAUAUUUAAAGAUGUUGUUCAUCCCUGCAAACCAACAGAAUGAGUGUAAACAUAACUGUCUUGAUAAUAUAGAUAAAAUGGUGGACUUUUAUAUCACAAUUGAUGGACAAAACAAAUUUAAAAUGAUCUUUUUUGGUCUGAACGCAACUCUAACUUUCAAACGUCUAACCUCUUCACCCAUGUGCUUCUAACCUUCACAGACUCCAUAAAUUGAUGCCCAUCUCCUAAAUAUUUGGUCACAUGAUCAAUUUCUUCUACCCCACUCUCCCCUAUGAUGCUACUGUGGGGAUGUCUCAGUGCACAGAUGGGCUACUCUGCAUGAACUCUAGUGCAGACCCUUUUUCUUAAGAGAGAGGUCAGCCACGCUUGAUUGAGCUCUCUGUUGAUAGGGUGGACGCACACACACACAGACUUACACACCAAACUGUCAAAGACUCUAUUGUCUUGUAGGAGGGGGAACAAGUCCUCCAUAUGAUGCGGGUCAGUCUGGGCACAGAGCUCUCACACAGCAUUAUGGAAAAUAUGUCUUCUGUGGUGAAGUACACAAAUCCAAUCAUGUGAUCAAUAAAUUUCAGGCCAAUCAUAGAACGGUAGGGUGCUCUGUUUGAUCAAAUAGAGUAUACGAAAUGCCCCCAAAAAGUCUUGAAUGAGGAUGAACGUUAUUUUUUGUCACCAUGAGGAGUCAAGAAGAAGUGAAGCACUAGAAUCAUUUUACAAGAAAGCCACAAAGAAUCCAAAUAUCAAUCGUAGUUUUUGUCUCUUUUUAAAAAUAUAGUUCAAAAGUCGCCCACAAUUUGGUACUUGGUGGAAUCUGAAAGUAGCUCAAGUAAGUAUUAGAAGCAUAAUGCUGGAAUCAGAGAAUUCAAGGGCAAAUAAAAUAAAAUAUGUUUUCAUUAUUCUCAUUAUAGACCCAAGAAAUAGUCUGAAAUUGGAUGUGAUAUCUUUUAUACCACUUGGCGAAGUAUAAAACAAUGCUUUACCUGGGUGAGUUUUGGAUAAACGCAGAUCACGUCUGCUCUGUUGAAUUUCCCCUGACAUGCAGAUAUAAAGCCCCACCAGCGAGCAUAUUUACAGUUAGAUGCAUUUAGAUCAUCAUAGAAGUGAAAUCCCUUCUGCUUCAAAUGUCAAGCUAGAUCUCCGUGUGGCCCGCUGAGUUGUGCUCACAGCCUCUCUUCUUUUGUUAACACCCCUCCCUUCUUCACACAUUUAUGAUAACAGGUCUGCACACACCAUCCGUUUGCGUUUAGAUUCUAGUUUGAACUGAACAUCCAUCAGAGCAGGGUAGUAAUUUGCGGUGGAAAUGACUGGCUGUAGAGUAAAAAGACGCAUUAUCUUGACUCUUCCCCAUGAAUCCGUUGCAUUCUUUAUCUAUCACAGAGAAGCUCACUCAGCAGAAGAGCUCACCAUUUAGUCAAAUGAAGUUGUUUGUUUCUUUGUGCGUUCAUAAAACACGACUCGGAACAUAGUUUUAGAUGUGGCGACCUUUGUACUUGAUUUGUGGCGUACGUGCGUGUGGCCUGCUCUUGUACUUGCUGCGUUUAUGUGAUGCAUCUGAAACGUGCUCUUAGGUCAAAUUCUGCCUCCUUUGAUGAACUAAAAUGACAGUUAAACCUCCAGGACACCCACACCCUGCUGUCCCAUGAUAGAUUAUCGCCUCAGGGCUGUUUGCAGCAGGGCUGGUAUUACUUUUUGUCCACUGUAUUAUUGUACUUGUUUGACCACACAGGACACCAGAAGUUUUUGCUCAUAUUUAACUGUAUGAGGACAGAGAAACUCAGGAACUUUCUGUAAACUUCUCACUUAAUGCAUUUCCAUGAUCCAAAUUUGAUGUAAAGUACUAAAAUUUUCUGUGUCAAAUGAUUUAAAAAAAAACAUUAGUCCUCCCACAUCGAAGAUCCUCUCAUACUCUCAGCUUCUUUAGCAUUUGUAGUUGUGUUGUAAAAGUGAGAUCUGUCCCCUGGGAGCAAUGUGAGAACUGUGCUCCACUGACCUCUCUCUCAUUCACAAACACUGCUACUGUACAGACACCUAAAACUGAAUGCCUCAGCAGUGCUGCAGAGUCCCACUGACUGUGGAUAUCUCCCACACAGCAUGUAGGGCAGAGGUCUGCGCUGGUUUCAUAUUUAAAAACCUGUAAUCAGCAGGCACACCUUUUUUAAAAACCCAUUGUGAUUGUGUUGCGUGGAGUUAGUCGCUAAAGCAGCUUUAUGAGAUUGUAACAGUGACACACAGACACACUUUCUGUCGAGUUUAUCCUUCCAACAGCGAGGUUGCAGUAAAGCUUUGUGCUACAGACUUCUUCAUCUCUGCUUUUUCUUCAGCUUGUUUUGCAACUCUUGACUUGGCAAACAGCAGUAACUUUUUUUGCCUUCCCAUACUUCUGCUCCUCUCCAAUUGGCCUGUGUUGUAUUUGGCACAUUACCAUUGGUUAGUUCCUUAUUUACUUCGCUGGCAGGCCCUGUGACCUACAUGAGGGAAGGAGGAGGAGGAGGAGGAGGAGGAGGAGGAGUUUCAGCAGCAGCAAGAGGAGGAGAUGACACAUGGUCGGCUGUUUACAGAUUUUGAAGGCCAGGGUGUGGUGCUGCUCUAAGUCCGACAGGUUAAAUCAGGGAGGUGUCCUGCUUUUCUUAAAGGUCCUUCCUUAACGUUUGACAACUUAACUUUAGAUUCCUGGAAUUCUUCUUCACUUGCCUACUUUUUAACUUCUUCUGUUUUUUGUUUUAUAUCAAGUUAAAAAUACGUUUCCUUUCCUGAACCAAAAGUUUGAUAUGCAACUUUAACUGCACACAGACGGCUGCUGCUUGUCGGUUUGAUCUGUGGCCUGGACAUAUUCCCCCUCCCUCUGAGGGUUUUGUCCUGUAAUCUAUAGGCCCAGAACUCCUCAAAUUGCCAUUUGAGGCGCGUGCAGAAGAACUCUAAGUAUUCAUUACACCCUCAGACAUUCCUCCUCCUCCUCCUUCUGCUUUCUCUCUCUCCCUUUUCCUGCAGCCUGUGUCAUGUGACCAGCCAUGGACCCAACCAGGCCAUAUGUAGUCAGGUCCACUCUAGCCGCUGCUCGCGAGAACACUGAGAAAUAAAAAACUGGUGUCAGCAUUUCUACACCAUGUGUUCCUCUCGGCUCCCUCCCAUGCCUGCAGCUCUCUAAAGCCACUUGUUGUUGUAUCUGGAAGAAGCAAACCAGGCAGUAGUACUUUUACUGACCAAAGUGUUUUAUUUACAUGCACAAGGAUUGUUUUGAAUCAGCAGAGAGAUUAUAUUGAUUAGGAUUAAAUUGUUAAAAGUUGUGUGACACUUUGAUCCACGUUAUGUCUGCUGAUAGAGCAGGUGAGUGUUGCAGUGAUGCAUGUGGGGAAAUUGCACUGCCAUCUUCUUAUGUAUGUGCAAAGCAUGGCAGUAGCACAUGGAGACUUGACUUGAGUAUUUGAAUGUUAAAACUGUCUGCAGCUAGUUGAAUGUACCUGAUAGGGAUCUGUAAGGUUUGCAGAGUCGAUAAAUCUCGAAACAAUAUCUGCAAGUCAGGGAAAUGUCAUUUGGUACUGUCGUCACACGCUGUGAAGAGCAAACACAGAGUCCUCCAUGUACAAAAAUAAUACACAGAAUGUUUCCACGUCGAGCCUCCAGAAUGCAAUGCAACAUUAAGAGUGUGAGGCUAUGAGCCAGCCUGUGCAUACGGAGCGGAUUUGCUCUCAUAUUUAUUCCACAGCAGAUUUUCAAUAUUGUUUCGCCAGUUGAAAUGAAAAUGCACUCGUAAAUUCAGAUGGGAUCAAAUCCGCCUUUUUAAAUCAUCUGUAUUUGUCACAUACAAAACAAAAUCAUAGAGGAAUGAAUGUUUCAAAGAGAUUUAACAAACAUGCCAUCAGUAUUUUGCAUUGUGUGAUUGUCACCAAAUAUAAUCAUCCCAUUUUAUAUUGGUUUUAGAUGUAGCUGGAUUGGCUGUAAAUCUCCCAGUGUGUUGUAUUGAAAGAGAAAUAAGAGUCCCCUGCUAAGAGAGCAGUGCCCACAUGGACGGAGAUGCAUUACCUCUGGGCAGCCGCGGCUCAUGGAGGUGACUGGCGGCAUUUCUUCGGCUAUAUUCUUGGGAUUCAAGAUUUGAGUCUUUCAGAACACUCUGAUUAUACCUUCUUCAAAAACACCCUCUUACUCGGUCUUUGUUGCUAUUGUCAGAGUUGGAUGAUUGCAAUAGAGGCUGUGGCAAGGAGCAGAAAACAGAGCUAUAAAGUCCUUUAGUUCUUCUAAACCAACUUUUACAUCACUACGCAUACACAGAGCAUCUGCAACAACAACUCAUCACUCGCAAACAGUUUGUUGAACUUGAAGGUGGGGUAGGCAGGAUCUGAGGAAGCGCCAGUUUUUGGGAGAAUCUUGAAUGUAAACACUACCCCUCCCGACCAGUUUUCCCCUGUGCUCCAGCAAGCCCCACCCACAAAUAGAUGCUCCUGCUCGCUCGUGUCAUUCCAAUUAGCUUAUGAGUCUCAAUGUAACUGGGAAGGGUUUCCAUCAAGCAUACUUGUCCGUAGAAAUCGCACAUCACCUCCCAUUGUAACAAUAAUCCUCAUCAUUGUUUAUGUACAUUUUUCUGCUCACAGGGGUGUUUCCUUACGAAGAGAACCUGGCGGAGGGUACUCGCCCCUACAGUGGAGACGAUGACCUCCUGAAUGAGGCGGAGGUUAACGGCAACUGGACCCCUCAGGAGAAGGCGCUCCAUGAGGCCCGGCUUAAAGCCAAAGCCAAACGGCGCCUGCGCAAGUCCUCAUCCCGCAACUCCACCAGCGAGUCGUUUUCUGAGUCGGGAGAUGUGGCAGGAAGUGACCCGAACAGUCCGAAGGGCAAAGUCAACACCAACGACCGCAAGUCCAGGACAGGCAAAGGCCGAGGCCUGCCGAAAAAGGGUAGAUCUGAGCUUUUUUUUUCAAUUCAAUUCAAUUAUUUUAUUCGAUUAGCAUUUAAAAUCCACCCACAACAGAUACAUAGUAAAUUUCAAAAGCAUCAUAAAGCUAAUCGAAAAGGUGUAGGCUGAAGCUCAUGCUUAUUUUGCCUACCCUUUUUACAAAAAAACAAAAACUUUAGCAAGGCGACUCUUUAACUACAUGGUCUGAGUUACACCACAAGUCUUCUAAAGAAAAGGCAAAAAGAGAGAAAGAAAAGAUAAAUUCUCAAAAACAUGUUAGAAAAUAAAUAAACCAACAAUAUUCCAUAACAAGUAUACAAACAGACACAACCAAAAAUUUCAAUAUUUUGUUAUUGCUCUUCUUCAUACCGGAUUUACAUAUUUUCUUAUUGCUUUAGUUUUAUACAUGUUCUUAAAUAAGGAAAGUGAACUACACAUUCUUAAUUCAUCAUCACAGCUAUUCCACAAGUUAACACCUCUAACAGAAACACACCUCUGCUUAAUAUUCGUUCUUGUCUUAGUUUUUUUGAAGAAACCUGUUCCCCUCAAAUCAUAUUGACUCUCUCUGGUUUCAAACAGCCUCUGAGUACUACGGCAAAGUAAAUUAUUAUGUGCUUUGUACAUUAUCUGAGCCAUUUUAAAUUCAACUAAAUCAUAAAAUUUAAGGGUAUUUGAAUUAAGAAACAGUGCAUUAGUUGAUUCAAGCUUAAGUGUUACAUGUAAAAAUCAGCUGAUGGGUCACCUGGUCCAGUCCAGCUAUGGCACCUAGAGAGCUGAUUCAGGUGUCAUUUUAAAGCUCUCUUCAAGUUCUAUCUUUUUGUUCAUAAAAUUUUUUCCCAAAUUGGACCAGAAAAAAAUGAUAAAAGACCAAAAACUUAAAUUGGAAAUAGCAAAAAACGUGCGUCCUUCAAUUUUCUUCAUAUUCACACUUAAGAAAGACUAUCAUGUCCACUAGCAUCCCUGCAAGUUUCAGGAUGGGCAUUCCAUAACUUUUUGAGUAAUCAGUCAAAAUGCGUGGUACGUUAGGUGGAAAAUCGCCAUAUUGGGCACAUUAUACAGUCCUGACCUCAUCUGGUUAGAAUGACCCUGGUGCAGACGAUAAACCCAGAGAGGAGCAAAGCAUUCUUUAUCCUCUGAGUAAAAAAACAUCAAAGUAAAGAAGUACAAUAUCAGCCACUCUAUUGAAAAUGUUCAAGUAGAUUUGCAUCAAGUGAGAUUAAAUGGUAACAUGCAGUCUUAAACUCCCGGGUUCUCUUCCACUUGUGCAUUAUCUGCAGGUGGAGCAGGUGGGAAAGGAGUUUGGGGUGCUGCUGGGAUGGUUUAUGAAGUUGAGGAGCCUGAUGUACGGGACCCCAACUAUGAUGAGUCAGCUCAGGUGAGUGAUUGUAGUGGACUUGUCUAUUCUUUCCAACAUGAAGUUCUGCAUAUUAAUCUGGAGCGGUGCACUCGGGUUGAUAGAGAGGCUUGUUUUGGGCUUCUUUUAUUCAGGGGAAUCUGGAGAUAGACGGUGUUGGUGAAGAACAGGGAAUUAUUUGCAACAAGUGUCAAAUUUUCUGAGUAUCAGCAAUCUGUGCUCAGAACCCAGCCUGUUUUUGCCAUGUAUGAAACAGCCUGGCCAGCAGAGGUUAGUUUACUCCAGUUGUUGUGUGCCAGAGCCGCUGUGCAGAGCGGCUUUUUGUUCCAAAGAGGCCCACCGAUCAAAGCUGCAGCGUGUUGCAGGACUCCUUUCAUUACUUGUGUCAAACAAACGUGCUGAUGUUGUUGCUGUGACAGAGCGAAAAUAAAAAGAGAGGCUCUGUCCUGUGAACAAGAUAAUGACAAUCCUCUCUCAGACAAAAAAAAGCACACACACUCCUCUUGCAGCUCUGAUGAAUUGCACAAUGACUUGUUAAAUCUCAAAUGGCACACAAUCAAAGAGCAGGUUUUGACAUUUACACUGGAUUAUGAGUAUAUUUGGAAAUUCCGCACUGGUAUAUCAAAGUCCGCAUGAUUUGGCCGGAGCUUAUUUAAAACACGCCCACUCACAUGAUUUCUGUCUUCCAGAUGGCUCUGUCCCAUCACAAUCGACAGUAUUUUUUAAUCUUUAACCCGCUUAUCAAGCAAAUGCUCUGUGCAACUUUGUUUUGUUCCCCCGUUAUGGCCAUGGGGACUUAAUUGUAGAGUGGGAACAGAGCUUCUGUCAGUCAGAUGUUGAUAACAGUCCAGACGGGCCAAUGUGAAUUGGCCUUGAAUGUUGUGGAAAGAUGUCAGUGUGUUAACGGGGAUCUGGGUCAGAGUGGUUUAGGGAAAGCUCAUGGGGCAUGUGCAGACUCCGACCUUCGAAUCUUGAUACUGAUAAAACUUUUCCAAAUGGUACAAGUCAGCAUGUCCUUUUUGGAAAGUGAUGAAAUGUUUAAACAAAUACUUUUACCUUGUAAUGGCUACCAAGAAGAGUUCCUGCUUUAUUGCCCCAUCACAAACUUUUAGCUUGCUUCUCUCUAAAUGGAAGGUUGUUGAACACCAGUCGUUUUCUCUCUUUGCCUGUUCUUGGCAGUAACUAUUUUAAAAGUUCUCUUUCAGCACCCAUUAAAUUUAAUAAAGACUCUGUGCAACAUGAGCUGAAAACAGGAAGUGAAUCAGCCUUUUUGGCUGUUGGCUCCACACCGUCUUUAUUCUCGUGGGUUUUUCCUGUUAGGAGAAUUUUGGCUCAAUCCGAAUCAGAAAACUUCACCACAGAGGUGACUUUAUUUCCCCCCUCUGUUGUGAAUUUUUCUGAACUUUGUGAGAAAUUUCUGCCCUUUCAAAAAGCCAAAGUAAUCUUCCUUCGUUAUUUUAAAAGUUUGUAGGUUCAUAAUAUUUUCACUGGGGUUGUUGGAUUACAAAAGCCUGCUAUUGUUCUCCACCUGAAAGAAAGUAGGAACAGUUUUAGACUCGGUCUUUCCAUUUACUCAUAUGCAAAAAAGAAAGAAGGGAAGUGAAAGUAGUCUUAUCUCUAGAGAGUAAAGUUAGGACUUGAAACAAGGGAAGUUUACAAAACAUCUCUUCCAAAUAAAUAGGCCAGGUUACAACUUAAAAUCUGGGACUCUACAGAGUUUUUUUACUUUCUGUUUUUGGUUUUUCAUUUAAAAACACCACCUGAUCAACUCAGUGGAGUUAAAAAUAACAUAAACAGUGAGAGACGUGAACGUUGACGAGUCCAAACACAGGGUGUUGUGCAGAAUUAUUUAAGCAGAAAAAGUCAAAUUUUGUCACUUUAUUCAACCUGAUGUGGAUUUAUUUAUUUAUUAUUUCAUUUAAUUAUUUUUGCACAGGGUGACACAGUCUAUGCAACAGUAGUUCCCGAGGUCGAUGAGAAGGAACUGGAGAAGAUGGUCAACCCAAUCGUACAGGAGUACUUUGAACAUGGGGACACAAAAGAGGUCCAGGUAAACAACCAAGUGUUAAUUCUAAAGGUUAAAACAUACAGGAUCCGUAUUGCGCGCGUAAUGUCAGUGUCAUGUAUCACGCAGCAAAUAGGUUGCCAUUCUAAUCAAUGAAGUGUCACAUACAGGACGCCUAUCAGCUCCGUAUCAGAAGCGCAUUGAGCGCGGCACUGCUAAAGAUACGCGACGAGUCUACUUUUGCUGUUCUAAGAUUCCAAUACAAAGAAGAUCAUUCUAGACAGGAAGUCAAGCGCGAAAACGGUAUUUCAAAAUAAAACACCAUAUGUGGACUCCCGGCUGUGUAUGACUUUGUGUAGAUGAGAAAUACUUCCUGGUUAUGGAUUUAUCAGUAACACAGAACAAUCUGAUGGUCAGUCCCUCAUCCAUGUGGACCCCAACAGGACCUUUAACUGCUAACUCUGUCUGACGGUAACAGCACAGCAGAAAGGAACAUGAAACUGUAAAAUCAUGUUGCUUUUCCACAUACAGUAGAGGCUCAACAGUCACUGAAUUAUAUCCAAAUUAGCAGGAAAUAGACCACAGAAAGGCAAAACAACCUGUUGUGAGCAUGUUGUUUCCUCUGUACUGAGCCCAGCUGACCGGGGCUGUACUGCGCUGCUGCUACGCUCUGAAUACUCAUCCUGUAUGCGAUACCCAGGGAUUCUCUAGGGAGCAAAUCCGGCACGCGCUCAAUACAGAUCCUGUAUGUUUUUGGCUUAACUCUCAGUGCAUGUUGUCUUUCAAAGUGUUGACAAAUUGAUGUACAACCCAAGUAAAGAGCAGCUGGAAUGUGUCGUCACUUGUCUCGUGUGCACAGAUUGAGAUCUGACAGGGGUUUUAACUCUCCUGCUCUGUCUCCGUCUCCCUGCUCAGACAUUGCUAAAAGAGCUGAACCUGGGCCCACAUAAGUACGAGUUCUCCUCCAUGGCUGUCUCUCUGUCCCUGGAGGGAAAGGCAAGCCACAGAGAGCUGACCUCCCGUCUGCUGUCAGAUCUGACAGGCAAGGUGCUGACACAGAGUGACAUGGCCCGAGCCUUCGACAAAAUCCUGAAAGAGCUUCCGGACCUCAUACUGGACACACCAGAGGCUCCACAGGUACACACAGACAUGGUUCUUGGACUUGGAUAGCUGCUGAUGGGAGCAUAAAGGGAACAGAAUGUUAAACCUAAUAGAGGAAAGAGAAGUCUAAGAGAUCACAAGUGUUUAUAGAAUUUAAAUAAUGAGUUUGCAGUAACUAAAUGUUGUACUGAACAUAUUAAAAAAGUGGAGUCUGGGUCUAAAAGAUGUUUCAUCUUCUGGUUUUUCAGAUGUUGGGCCAGUUUAUAGCCAGAGCCAUAGCAGACCACAUCCUACCCAUGUCUUUCCUGGACUGUUACAAGGGGAAAGUGGAUUGUGAGCAUGCCAGGUGAGCUACAAUUGCCCCAAUCAUUCAAUUCUUUAUCUUAAUGUCUUUACAAUAAUUGUUUACAUUUGAGACACAGAGAAACUUAAAGGGAUAUUAUACCAACUUAAGUAAGGAUAGCGAUACACUGCCGUCUGAGGAGUCAUAAACAAACCUCAACCAAAACGCCACUCUAUAGCCACAAAUAAUGCUCAGAACAGCACCUAACUUCAUCAACAGUACAUAUAGGGUACCAGCCAUAGUACUAGCCACCAAAUAUCUGUUUAACUUUGCCUGAUUUCUUUAGCAAAGAGACCAAAUACAACUCACACUCACUGUUCCAGCUCAAGGAAGAACAUUUAUGUUAAUUUCUUUAUCAUUUCCUUAAAGUAAUAAUCACCAUAUUAAUCAUUUGCACUUCAGACGAGGUAGUUCUUCUGCCUCGGGUCUCGGUCUGAUUGCAUUUCAAUGAAGAAAUGAUCAUAAAUGUUCUUCCUUGAGCCGUGUCACCCCGCUGUAGUCCGUUAUGGACUGGUCCAAGGUGUCAGUACAAAGAAGCGGCUGCUGGAAGAGAGUGGGUGAGUUGUGUUUAGUCUCUUUGCUAAAGAAAUCAGGCAAAGCUAAAAAGAUGUUUGGUGGCUGGUACUAUAGCUGGGACCCUAUAUGUACUGUUGAUGAAGUUAGAUGCUGUUCUGAGCAUUAUUUGUGGCUAUAGAGUGGCGUUUUGGUUGAGGUUUGUUUAUGGCUCCUCCUUGUACUGUAUCCUGAAUUGUCUCUACAUUAAAGAGAUAAGGCGUACAUAGUGUGUGAGAUUUAAAUACUUUUUUUAUUUUCAGAGUAAAUUUCUGUCUUUGUCACUUUUGAAUUCAUCCUGUAAGGGAUCACUGAAGCUCACUCUCCCUCUACUGUAGCACACCUUGAAGGAAAAUCUGUGAAUAUACUUUGUAGAUAAGAUAAUCGCCUAAACAGAUGCUACUCAAACUAACCGCGCUCCAUCUAUGUCCGCUCACUCCAGUGCUAAAGCGAUCAUACUGUGGUUAUGAUUUUUUUUCAGAGUGGCUCUAGACCGAGCUGCGGUGCUGCUGACCAUGAAGAGGGAAAUGGUGCGCCUAGAUAAUGUUUGGGGCGUGGGUGGAGGCCUGAGACCUGUCAAACUUCUCAUCAAAGAGGUGAGCUCCGGUCACACAGAGAGAGAGAGAGAGAGAGAGCACAGCUGAGUUUAAAAACUGGUGUCACCUGCUCACUCCCAACUUUCAAACAUAAAAUCCUUAACUCCCUAGGUCACACUCUUUUGUAUCGACCUGCAUCUUUAUUGACAUUGUGUAAUGUGUACAGAAGGCAGGAAUGCAUGCUGGGUAGAGAGCCACAGGGUCAGCUGCGUCAACAGAACACUCAGGAGGAGCUGACGUGGAUACACACCCUAGUUUUUCACUGACAUGCAAACACACACUCUUUCUCCAGUUUUUAGACUCGCUGUGCUUCUUGCUUUGUGAUUGUUUAUAAUUAUUAUUUCGUGCUGUGGAUUUUCUGUAAUUUUUUGUGGUGGUGUGGGUGUGAACAGCGUGGGAGUAUUCAGCGUAGGGCUUGUAAAUUGAGUAUUAUGCAACAUUUAGGGGGGUUGUGCUUGUUUAGAGAAGAGCUGGAGUGGUCAGUGAGUGUGUUGGCUCUGUGGAAGCUUCACAAGCUCUUAGACCUGUGGGCUCUCCUGUCCAGUUUUGAUUUCCUCCCUGCUUGUAUGCAGCCUCAGAAUGAAUACUCCGAGCUUCAAGAUGCUUUAUUUGUGCAUUUAUUAUUGUUGUGCACUCAUUUGCAGCACCCGCUUAUUCUCCUGUCACUCCUGCUGCCUAUCCUUAAUUCAUCUCCUUAUGUUAGGUUUCUCAGCUUCAUAGUUGGAACGUGGUUUUACUCAAGAGUUGGAUUUGCUUUGAGGCUUUUACACUUGUUGCAUCAAUCCUGUUCCUUUCAGUUCUCAUGAGAUAUGACUAAUUGUUCUAUAAAUACAUUUUUAAGCAAAUCUGUGACAUAAUCAAGCAUUAGUAACGAAUGGGUUGAAGGGGAUUCAAGCAUAGGCCCAGAAUGAAAUUUUAGUCUUCUUUUUAAAGACCUACGUCGAUGAAAAUCAUGUUUUUCUUGUUGUCUACAUGUUCAUGCUAUUUUUCUGAUGCUACAGGACAUAUGAGAAAACUAAGUGCGAAAUUGUAUUUCUAAGUAUUUCUUCAUUCAAAUCGCUGUGAAUCUCUUGCAGACCCAAAUGACAGGAUCAGAUACAGUGAGAUUUCCUAUGUAACAAAUCCAAGCUCCGCCCCCGGAGCCCCCGCUAUGCAGGCUCAGAGAAAUAGAGAGGACGAUCGUGGAACAAGUGUCUUAAUCACAUUUUAUAAUCACAGUUUAAAGAUCACUGAUAACACGUUAAGUAGUGAAAAAAAACUGUCGGAGUGGGACUUUAAGAGGACUAAAAGUUUUCAGAUAGGUUUGAUGAGCACAAGUUCUUAUUUCCCCAAGAGCUGGGAUUAUUGCUGGAGUAAAUCCUCAUAUACAGUGGAUUAAGGGAAUACCUGAGAGCGAAGGUACUUACAGGACAUUUUCAAGUCCCUGUUCAGCUCUUGUGCUCCGUCUCAAUUCAGCCCAGUGUGAAUGUGUUUUUAAGAUCUCAGAAUUGAAGUGUAAAUCAUCUGAACUUAGUUUGAAAAGGGGAUUCUUUUUAUGGGUACAGCCCAGGGAGCAAAGUAGGAAAAAUAUCUGUCAUUAUAUUUAUAAUAAUAAUAAUAAUAAUAAUAAUAAUAAUAAUAAUAAUAAUAAUAAUAAUAAAAAUAAAAAUAAAAAUAAUACACUUUAUAUAAUACUUUUCAAUACAGGGAAACAAAGUGCUUUACAAAUUAAAAUAAAGUAGACAAAGAAGAGGCACAAAAGAAAAAUGUGAGGAACACAAUGACUAAAAUAUGAAAUUUUAAACAACAGUGCUGAUUUAACACACAUAUAUACAUACAUAUAUAUUAAAACAAUGAAAGGAUAAAGGUACAAGAUAAAAGAUUCUGCCUGUGAUAAUAUGGGUGUUUAAAAGAUGAAACACACUCGGAUAAUAUCUCCUGUAAAAGCCCCUCUAUAAAAAUGUAUUUUUAAAGAGACUGAAAAGAUGCCGCUCUCUGGACGAGCUGUAACUUUUGCAAACUCAGUUGGUUCUGAAAUGUGUACAAAGAGUUGCAAUAGUAAAGAGAUAAAAGCAUGAAUGAUGAUCUCCAGAUUUAUUUCUGGGUAAAAACGACCUAAGUUUGGAGAGUCUCCUCAGUCUGUCAGUCAAACAAGACUGGACAAUGAGGUUGACGUUCUGUUCAGACUGAGGUUUUCACCAAAAAUCACAUCAGAUUUUUGUAUGUGGCUGGAAAAUGUUGUGAGCCAAGAUGCGUUACUAUUCCUGUCGAGCCUGGACCAAUCAUCAUUACCUCAGUUUUAUCCAAAUUUAGCUGCAGGAAAUUCUGGGACAUCCAGUUUUUUAUGUCUCUAAUGCAGUUAUCUAAUGUGUUAAAAUGGUUAAAAUCAUCUGGAUUAAAAGACGGUUACAGCUUGGUAUCAUCUGCACAUGAAUAAAAACUUACAAUGUGUCUGCGGAUGAUAUGACUCAGAGGUUACAUGUAGAGGGAGAAAAGGAGUGGUCCCAGGACCAACCCCUGAGGAACCCCACAGGUCAGCCUCACACUGGAUGAUUGUGAGCCGCCUAUAGCCUUGCUAAGAGAUCUGUCCUGCAAGUAAGAAUAAAAGCAAUUUCAAACUGAGCCAGACAUUACAGCCUUGUGUUGCAGACGUUGCAGGAAAAAAUGAUUGACAGUAUCAAAGGCAGCAGCACUCGAGUCUAGAAGAACUAAAACAGAAGAUUUUCUAGCAUCAGCAGCAAUCAGCACAUCAUUGAGCACUUUAAGGAGUGCAGUCUGUGUGCAGCCACAAUUUUUUUCAAGAAUCUUGGAUAUAAACUGAAGUUUUGAGAUGGGUCUGAAAUGAUUCAGAGAGAGGGGUUAUUCAAUAGUGGCUGAACUGUUGCUGUUUUGAAAUCUGUACCAGUUGUCAGUGAUGUGAUGAGAUGAACUGACAGGCAGGAUGUCAAGAGCCAGAGGAGAGUUUCAUUUUAUUAAUCACUUAAGUGAGGUUAUCAAUUGAAACAGUGUUAAAAGUCAUGACAGACAGCUGUAGAUUUAAAAGAAACUGGUUUUGAGUAGGAGUCGUAAUGUGCGAUAUGAUGCUGGAAACCUUAGUGAUUAAAAAGUUUAAAGAUUCCUCACAUUUGUCAGGGGAAGAGUGCUUUAAAACCAUUGUAGGAACCUUUGUAACAUGGUCAGUUACAUGAGACAAGGUCCCUGAGUUGUGACGGUUCUUCUUAGUCAGACCAGAACAAUGCAUGAAUCUGUCUGUUUUAACCUCUGCAGUAAAAAUCUGCAUUAAAUUCUACAUAAUGUCAAAAUGAACGAUCAGUUUGGAGGUUGUCCACUUUCUCUCUGCUAUGACUCCUCUUAAGAGCACAUGCACUGUCAGUGAUCCAUGGAUGUAAACAUUAUGCAGUUGUGGUCUGAAACACUAAAGUCAUUACAGAAGGUUGGUUCAAAAGAAGAGAGAGAGAAAAUCAAGAGAGACUCGGGGGUGAGGAUUCUAUCAGGGGGGCAGAGUCACCAAUGUUCAGUCAGGUUCAGUUAAUAUAAAGAAGUUUGUUUUAACAGUAUGAUUCCUCUAGAAAUCCAACCAGUCUUCAUUUUGUUGUUCUCACAGUUACAGUCAGCUUGUCCAUCCCGGUAGACAAAAAAAAACAAAGGAUAUUUGUUUCAUUUUAGAGGCUCUGCAGGAAAUCACCCCACUCCUUCCCCAGUAACAGAACUUACAGGUCCUACUUCAUUCCAGCCGUGUUUCAUGCAGUUUGAACGCAGAAAGAAGAAAGCCUUGUUUUACUCGUGUGUCUCUGUGUUCCAGAUGAACCUCCUGCUGAAAGAGUACCUGGUGUCAGGUGAUGUGUCAGAGGCUGAACACUGUCUGAAGGACCUGGAGGUCCCACACUUCCACCAUGAGCUGGUCUAUGAGGUAUUGAUGACUUAAUGCAGAUUAUUGGUACAGACUUUGUCUGAAUUGUUCGAAUUCACGUUAAAAAGAUGUUCAUGCAUCAGCCAAAAAAAACACAAAAGCAAACCAGGUCAGGAAUGCAAAACAAACAACAAAAAUAAAACAAUAAUGAAUUAAUGUAAAAACCCACAUAGAGGUGAAUUUUAUGGCAUUUAUCAGAAGUGCCAUAAUUAUCAGAAUUUUAUGGCACUUUUCUCCAUAUUAUGCCCCCAGUAUGACAAUAAAAUAUAAAAUUUAAUCCGCUCAGUGAACUCUUCAGUUUAGUGAACUGCAGAGAAAAAUCAGUGCACAGAAAACACAAACCAACAGUCAGUGACUCUGAUUUCUGUAAUCUCAUCGCAAAUGGCAAAACCUUGUUUGCACCAAAUGUUAUAGUUGUGUUUAGUCCCAGUCAAUCAAGACCCAAAAGUGAAGGGCAUAUUGUAUAAGGUGGACCUCCCUUCACUCCAUGUGUAUGUUAAUACUCUGUCAUUAUCAGGCUGGUGGAGGAACGGCUUUCCUGUCUUGUUUUGUGUGGCAUAAGUUGUGUGCAUGAUCUAACUUUAAUAGAGGUAUUUACGACAUGUUCUUGUGCAGAAAUUUAGCAACAUACUGUACUUGUUGUCUCUCAGUUUAUUGCUGUGUACAGAUACCCAUAAAACUUUGAAAGGUUUGUAAGAUAUAAACUGCAGCACUUACACCCUCUUCUUGUAGGAAAGACCUAUGGUGAAUAUUGCCACCCAGUGGUGAAAUUCUCCAUCUAACAUAUCUAUAAAAACUUGAGUUUUGAUCAUGAUCAUAGUGAUUCUGCUAAUUUUCUAGAAUCUUAUAAUCCUAUAAUCAACUGAUAGCAGCACGGUCCUCUUCCUCACUCAUUAAAUGUUUGACUCUUGUUUGCAGGCCAUUGUGAUGGUUCUGGAGUCAAAGGGAGACACUGCCAGUCACAUGAUGAUCAAGCUGCUCAAGUCCUUUUGGAAAACAGGCCUCAUCACUGUGGAUCAGAUGAACAGGGUCUGUGUUUUAUGUGCAUUCGCUUGUUUAAGCAGAGUUAAAUUAAAAUGAAUUUCUCUCCAAGGCAUGGCCCUAACAAAAACACCACUUAGUCAUAGUCACUCAGUGUGUAUUCUUGUUUCUUGCAGGGCUUCCAGCGUGUCUAUAAUGAGCUCCCUGAAAUCAACCUCGAUGUACCACAUGCUCACUCCAUCAUGGAGACCUUUGUUGACCUCUGCUACCAGGAGGCAGUCAUCACCAAGCAGCUGAUGGACGCCUGUCCCGCCAGGUUAGUUAACCACCGAUUAUAACCAAUAACCCUGUCAUCAUUUGAUCUGUAUAGUUGAUGUUAUAUUCAGGGGGUGUUAUAUUUUUUUUAUUAUAAACAAUUGCCAAAAAUGAAUGAAACAAAUAAAGAGUUUACUUUUUUGUAAUUUUCUGUAACAAAGGAAACUGUAGUUUUUAGCCAGUCUUUAAACAAGAGUAAAAUAGUUGUUUUGGCUCCAUUUUCAGCCUUGGAUUGUGAGCAAAAAUGUUUUAACUUUAACUGACUGACACUGAACUUACAGCACCCAUUCUUGUGAUUUAGGGAUAAUGUCAAUCAAUACCAGGAUGUUGAUUAUUGAUAAGCUCUUAGUAGUUUCAGGCAAUAGGGGAGCUGUAUGUCACUAGAAAAAGUUUUUAGCUGUGGUGGUUUCCCAUUGGACUUACUGACCCGCCUUGACUUCUGACAAAAUGAGGCACUCAUCAAAAUAACUCAAACGUGUCUACAUUCUGUUUCUUCCACUAGAGGGCGGAAGCGCUUUGUUAGCGAAGGAGAUGGAGGAGUGAUCAAGAGCUAAUCCAGUGGAGGAAAAGGCAAAGCAGGAGGAGGAAGAGGGGUGUUCACAUGUUCAUGCACCCUAUUUCUGCCCCGGCAUGUUUCCCCCUUUGAAACCGAACAUGCAGGCAGCUUCAAGUUUCCUUAUUCCUCCUUCAAAUGUUAUCAUUAUACAAACCAGCGUUGACGUUUGGUGAAAGUAGACUGGAGAGUGGCUCAGGUGUUCAGUUCCCUUCAUCUUGUUCAUCACUGCGUUUUUUUGUUUUUUUUUAAACUUUUUUUUUGUAAGAAUAUUCUUUAUCUAGGGGGUUUGGUGUACCCCUCUCACCGCAGUCUUGAUACCUGUUUCUGAGGAAAAGUUCAAGUCACAGUAGCAGAUUUACAGGCAGACAGACUGAGGAUUGUGAGAGAGAUAAUUUGGGUCGUUUCCUUUUUUUUUUUUUUGCUUUGCUUGCCCUGUUAUGUUUUUUUUUCCAUGUACGGCUUUAUAAAUGAAAACAGCACUUAAAAGAAAAAGCUAACUGUUCAGUAAACGGGGUCUGUAGAAAUUCAGCUCAACAAAACCUUUUUUUUUUUUCUGCCACCAAUGAUGUGAAAUUAUUUCAAGGACAACAUGCUUUAUAGCUUCAAGGUUCAAGUGGUUCUAUUGAUCCUUUCUAACCCUUUUUUUGUUCUCUGUGUUUCAUUGGUUUCUGGUUUCCGAAGCCAAAUGUUCACUUUGUACAGCACAGUGGCUAAAGCCAAGUGCUUUGGAACUGUUUUGGGUGUUUAUUUGGUACAAUGCAUAAAGGGCAAUAUACUUAAGGACAUUUAAUAAUGAAUUGGGAAUAAUCUGUGUAAAAAUAGUUUAAUUUGAGCACCCUGACUUUGUGAUUUGUAAUUUUGAAGCUCACAAAACCAACAAUUUAUUUUGUACAGGUUUACAAACUGUUGAUUGAAAGCAGAGUUUUUCUUGGAAAUUGUCCUUAAACUUAGGAUCUGUGAAGUGGCAACCACAGCUUUUCUUUGAAACAAUGUCGGCAUAUUCAGACUUUACUGCCAUUGUCUGUAACAGUUUUACAUGUUGACCAAAGUUAAAUAUGUUGUAACAAAAUAUAUUUCAUUCAUUAAAAAAGCAUAAAAAAGCAAAAACAUGAAUG